UCACUUCACCUCUUCUUUCUUCCCUCCAGCCCACAGCACCACAGAGGCAAGCUUUGGAUCAGCUCACACUGCUAAUAAAAAUACUGUGGGAGCUGAAGCCUACAGCUCUGACUUCAGGUCAGCUUUAGAACUUUUUACCCGAAUAAAGUUGUGCUUUCGUCUAGUGAAAUUUUUAGCUUUGGAAGUCACCAUGGUUGACAGCAUGGACUUGGAAAGGCAAAAGAAGCGUUACUGCAUCCGUGGUAAGCAUGUGGUCAUCAUAUGUAUGACAGUGGUGGUGUGCUCUUUGGCGGUGGGUCUUGGUGUGGGCCUCUCCAGGUCAGACACCACCACCAUCCCCCCCACCACCCCCAAUCCCACCCAGCCCCCUCCACCUGGCAGAGGGCCUUGCAAGCCUUCCACUGAUUCCAGUGGGGACUGGGGGAAUUUCCGUCUGCCCAGCUACGUGAGCCCGGUCCACUAUGACCUGAAUCUGGAGCCAGACCUGGUCGAGGACACCUACAUGGGCACUGUGAACAUCAAUGUAGAAGUCAGCAAGCCCACCUGGCAUCUGUGGCUCCACAUCAGGGAGACGUUUGUCAGCGCCAUGCCCAGGCUGAGGAUGCUGAACAGUCAGGGGGGCCUGAGGGAGAUACCAGUGAAAAGCUGUUUUGAAUACAAACCUCAUCAAUAUGUGGUGGUGGAGGCCACAGAGCAGCUGCCCAUCACUGGCCCAGGAGAGGUGUACGUGCUUAGCCUGGACUUCCAGGGCUGGCUUAAUGGCUCUGUGGUGGGAUUCUACAGGGUCAUCUACACUGAGGAGGGGGCCACCAAAAAGAUUGCUGCAACUGAUCAUGAGCCAACUGAUGCCCGCAAGUCAUUUCCCUGCUUCGAUGAACCCAACAAGAAGGCCACCUACAAAAUCUCCAUCAUUCAUGAUGCUAACUAUCAGGCUCUGUCCAACAUGCCGCUUGAGGGCACCCCUCAAAAACUGCUUGGCAAUAAAUUGAAGACCUCCUUCCAGAAGUCCAUUCCAAUGAGUACCUAUUUGGUAUGUUUUGCUGUGCACCAGUUUGGCCAUGUUGAAAGAACUUCCGCUCGAGGAAUUCCUCUGAGAAUCUACGCCCAGCCAAGUCAGCUGGGAACUGCAAAGUACGCAGCUGACACAACCAAGGUCAUCUUUGAUUACUUUGAGGACUAUUUCAACAUGACAUACUCCAUCACAAAACUGGAUAAAAUAGCCAUCCCUGACUUCGGUACUGGUGCCAUGGAGAACUGGGGUCUCAUCACCUACCGGGAGACCAACCUGCUGUAUGAUGAGAGCCAGUCUUCCUCCUACAACAAGCAGCGAGUGGCCAGUGUUAUCGCCCAUGAACUGGUUCACCAGUGGUUCGGGAAUAUUGUGACUAUGGACUGGUGGGAUGACCUCUGGCUUAAUGAGGGCUUCGCCAGCUUCUUUGAGUACAUCGGAGUGGAUAAAGCUGAAUCUAGCUGGGGCAUGCGAGAUAUCAUGAUCAUCAAUGAUGUGCUUCCUGUAAUGGUGGAUGACGCCCUGCUUUCCUCCCACCCAAUCAUCGUGAAUGUGUCGAGUCCAGCAGAGAUCACCUCUGUGUUUGAUGCUAUCUCAUACAGCAAGGGAGCUUCCAUUCUAAGGAUGCUGGAGGACUGGAUGGGUAAAGAUAUGUUCAGAGACGGCUGUCGAAAAUACUUGAAAGACUACCAAUUCAAGAAUGCCAAAACUGCCAACUUCUGGGCAUCUCUCGCCAGUGUGAGUGGGUUGCCAGUUGCAGAGGUAAUGGACACAUGGACCAAUCAGAUGGGUUAUCCUGUGCUGGAACUGUCUGUCUCAGCGACAAAUGCCAAACUCAGCCAGAAGCGUUUCCUCCUGGAUCCUAAAGCUAACGCCAGUCAUCCCCCUUCACCUCUUGGGUACAAGUGGACAAUUCCAGUCAAAUGGCAUUCUGUGAAAAGCGACAAGAAUAUGUUGGCUAUGUUUGACCAGAGCAGCAGAGAGCAUGUCAUCAGAAACUACUCGCUCUCAAUGGACGGUUUGCUGAAGGUUAAUAAUGAUCACAUUGGAUUCUACAGAGUCAACCAUGACAACCACAUGUGGAACGAUAUUAGUCAACAGCUUCAAAACAACCACACGGAGUUUGAUGCAGCCGAUCGCGCAGGCUACAUUGAUGAUGUGUUUGCACUUGCAAGGGCAGACAUUAUCGAUUAUGGUAAUGCCUUCAAUCUUACAAAGUACCUGAUAAAUGAGACUAACUACAUAGUCUGGGACCGUGUGGCCUCCUCCAUCACCUAUGUGCGAGACAUGCUGUUAGGCAAUGCUACACUCUACCAAAGGUUUCAGAAGCUCUUUCGUGAUCAUGUUAAGGCAAUCUCAACACAACUUGGAUGGAAUGAUAAAGGAACACAGACAGAGAGGUUACUGAGGGAGUCCGUGCUCAGUAUCGCUUGUCAGAUGGGAGAUCAGGAUUCUCUUAAUGAAGCCUCUCGUAUUUUUGACCUCUGGAUUGAUGGAAGUCUCAGCAGUGUAGCAGUGAACCUGCGUCUGCUGGUCUAUCGAUAUGGCAUGAAGAAUUCAGGCACUGAAUCCAAGUGGAACACAAUGUUCCAGAGGUACAAAGAUACUUCUCUGGCUCAAGAGAAAGACAAGCUGCUGUAUGGACUGGCUUCUGUGGAGAACGUCAACCUUCUGUACAAGCUCCUGGAGGCUACCAAGGAUGAGAGUGUGGUGAGGAGUCAGGAUCUGUUCACUGUUGUGCGAUACGUGUCCGUCAACCCACUGGGAAAGAGCAUGGCCUGGGACUGGACCACACUUAACUGGGACUAUCUGGUCAACAGGUACACCAUCAAUGACAGGAACCUUGGUCGUCUACUCAGUAGAAUCACCACCACCUACAACACAGAGCUCCAGCUAUGGAAGAUGAAGCAUUUCUUCGGUCUAACACCAGAUGCUGGUGCUGGGGAGAUGCCCAGGCAGCAGGCACUAGAGACAGUGAGGAGCAACAUCGAAUGGAUCCGGAGGAAUGGGGACGAGAUCAGAGGCUGGCUGGAGAACAACGUGGUCUAAAACAGCACCAAUACAAAACACUGCAGGGAUACAGGCACGCUGUAACUGUGAAGGACAUAUAAAUAUGGCCUUUUCCCAUUCAGUACACACAUGGUUAGUUUGGGUUGAGACUGUGUUCUUUUUUGAAGGACAAAAGCAGGGGGCUGCUGUUCUGAAUCAACAUUUGAAAACAGACAACAAUAAAAACAAAUAUCCACAUUCUUAUCUAUAAGCACUUCACAGUAGCAAAACUCGUACUUGGUCUGAUCAGAAGUGAACUGAUUUACUACUGCUGUCACCAAUAAUAAUGCACACAAAAAGGCACGGGUCACAAACAAUUAGAGUUCCUGACUAUUUACUGUAAAUGAACUCCGAUAGUUAUAGAUACUCCUACACUCCACUGUAUUCUUGCAGUUCAGUCUUGACAAUGUUCUCCUAUCACGUAGCUAGGAAGGUAUCAGCUGACAGUUUUUAUCAUUGAUGCCCUUUCCUCACUAGUUUUACUAACAAUCACUUCUGAUCUUGUGCUCAUCUCCAGAAGGAUUUUUGUACUGCCGCUUCUCUUCUUUGUACUUGAAACAUUUACAAUUUCUUGAAUAUUUUUUGUAAAACUUUAGCUUAUAAAAAAAUCUCCAUUAUUUUGUUUUCAUCAAGUGACAAAUACAAAUAUUUGGCUGAUACACUCUUUUGAAUUGAAUUAAAAUGACUUUAAAUCUCAGGUGUUGGAAUUUUCACGAUUGCAGAAACUUUGGCUUCUGUCAUGGUGUAAGUGCUUAAUACACUUGGCACAAUGGCGCUGUGAGAGUUUGCCCUUGUCAGCACAGAGAGUGCAGCCAUGAUUGUCAGGCCGACCUCCAGUAUGUUAUAUGAUGAUGCAUUCUUUGUAAUCUCACCUUGUUUCCGUGCAUGCCCUGGGUGUGCAGCACACAAAAAUUUCACAAGUACACACCACUCUCUGUGCAUGGUGCUCACAUAAUGAGUGCCCCAUAUUUGUAAGCAAUGAGUCAAAUAGGGUUAAUU